AUGAGUACUAAAACGGUGCGUUUGAGGUCAAAUAAGCGCAAGGAGAUCGACGACUUUGACACCGUAAAAUCGUCUCAGCCAGCAGCGACAAAAUUACAUAAGCCGACAGUAUCACAAGCCGGCUCGGGAAUGCUAUCUGAGCCGAUUGCUUCUAAUCAGCUUCUGGCCGGGUAUUUAGCCUUCGAAUACCUCACUAAGGGCACACUAUGCGGUCAACCAUUUGACCCCUGUCAAGCCGAAGCGGUGCCUGGGGAGGUUAAGCCGGGUGUGAAAGAUGAAGAAGCCCAGCCGAAUAAGGAAAAUUAUACAAGGUACGUGGAGGUAUCCAAUUUGUUGAAGGCAGAUGGGGCUCAGUUAGCUGGCGUUAUCAACCCGAGCCAGCUCGCUCGCUUCUUUCAUAUGUAAAAGGUUUUGACACGUGGAGAAAAGGGAUUGGAUGUGUGCUUAUGCUUCAUGUUGUUUCAAGUAGAAUAUUAGUUUCGGGUGUAUGUCCUUUAUUGUUCAAUAUUAGUUUUUUUACAUUUUUUUAUCUCAA